AUGGUCUCUUUCAAGAACAUCGCCACCCUCCUUACUCUGGCUGCCGCCUCUAUGGGAGUCAAUGGCGCUUCAGUACCCCGCCAAUACGCCGAGAACGGGGUCGUCGUUCACGAGGGUGGUUCUUGGAUUCCCAACCCGGCCGCAUCCUCUAUUGACCGCCGUGAUAAGGAUCAAGAGUGGAAAGAUUAUCACCGCCAGACCGAGAUCAUGGCUGAAGAAGGCAUGUGCCGCGCCUAUUCCAAGCCGACCGACCGCGACCUGAACUGGCCUUGCCGCGAGUACUGCAUUCGAGCCACCGGUGAUUACAGCGCCGCUUGCUCUAGUGGCCACGUCUGGGAGAACAAGGCCGAAGGCAAGACGAAGCCCGGAUACCCUCUCUUGCCCAACCCCGAUGGCGAGCUGUUCACCUAUGGAGGUGAAUGCACUUGCAUCACUAUCCCGGAUGACCUGGCUCAGAAGAUCUCUGAAGGCCUGGAGAACAGUGGUGCGAUCAUUUGUAGCGUCUGGCUCUUUUCUAUCAAGAAGGUUCUUGAGAAGGGUAGCUACCUCAUUCCCGGUGGUGGUCCCGUCUCCAAGGUUGUCAAAAGCAUUGCGAAGUCUGUUGGCAAGGUGGUCAGCUCCGGCAAGGGCUCUGAUGCGUGGGCAUCUAUGGUCAGAGACACUUGCGGUGCCAAAGGCCACGAUGUGACGAUGGACAUCGAGAAGGCUUUCGACUUCUUUAAGGAGGUUCCCCUUUGA